GAUAUCUGGAGGGAAAUGGACAGAAUCAGAGCAAAGCGAUCUCAAAGAGCUCUGGAAUUUCGGGAAGAUGUGGCUGGAGGAUUUCAAUUUCUUAUUCCGGUUGCUGUGAAGCUACUUUUUGUCAUAUCUGGCUUGUCAUUUGCCACUGGCGGAAAGGUGCUGGUCCUCCCCUUGGAUGGCAGCCAUUGGCUCAGCACGAGGCUACUGAUGAAAGAGCUUUGGCAGAAGGGGCAUGAAAUCGUUGUCGCGGCACCCGAAACCACUUUACAUAUCAGAAAAGGAGCUUUUUAUACUCUAAAAACAUAUCCAUCAACUAUGAAUAAGGAAGAGCUGGAAGCUUUUUUGAAGACAUUCCUUCAUGAAACCUUGGAGGAGAGAUUUUUCCUGGAAAGAGUUUUUAAAAUAUUUAAAGGCAUGAAAAACAUGUCUGAGCAGCUAUUUUCAUCGUGUUACCAUUUUGUGCAUAGCAAGGAACUGAUGGGAUUCAUCAACGAGAGCAGAUUUGAUGUCAUAGUACUGGAUCCGGUUUAUCCCUGUGGUUCGAUUGUGGCCGAGUCUCUGUCCAUUCCAGCAGUUUACAUUUUGCGAGCAAUUCCAUGUAGUAUAGACUUCGAUGGGACUCGGUGUCCAAACCCUCCAUCAUAUAUUCCUAGGAUGUUUUCAACAAACACCGAUCGCAUGUCAUUCCUGCAGCGGGUGGAGAAUGUUUUGCUGACCUUACUCCAGGAGUUUCUCUGCAAUUUUGCCUUCUCCCCUUUUGCCCAGCUGGCUUCUGAGAUUUUGCAGCGAGAUAUGACGAUAGUGGACGUUUUAAGUUAUGGAUCAAUCUGGCUGAUGAGAGGUGACUUUGUGAUGGACUAUCCCAGACCCAUCAUGCCCAAUAUGGUCUUCAUCGGUGGCCUAAACUGUGCUCUCAAAAAAACACUGUCUCAGGAAUUUCAGAACUUUGUGAAUGAUUCUGGGGAACAUGGAAUUGUGGUCUUCUCUUUGGGUUCAAUGGUCUCAGAAAUUCCAGAGAAGAAAGCAAUGGAAAUUGCUGAAGCUUUGGGACGAGUACCUCAAACCGUCCUCUGGAGGUAUACUGGAACACCACCAGCAAAUCUUGCAAAAAACACCAAACUUGUGAAGUGGCUACCUCAGAAUGAUCUGCUUGCUCACCCCAAGACCCGGGCCUUUGUUACUCACGCUGGCUCCCAUGGCAUAUAUGAGGGAAUAUGUAAUGGAGUUCCAAUGGUGUUGUUGCCAUUAUUUGGUGAUCAAAUGGAUAAUGCUGUACGCAUAGAGUCCCGAGGAGCAGGGGUGACUCUGAAUGUCCUGGAGAUGACAACUGAAGAGUUAAGCAAUGCCCUGAAAAAAGUCAUUACUGACAAAAGCUACAAAGAGAACAUCAUGCGUCUUUCGGCUCUUCACAAAGACCGACCUGUGGAGCCUCUUGACCUUGCCGUGCAUUGGGUGGAAUUUGUGAUGAAGCAUAAAGGAGCCCCACAUUUGCGCCCCGCUGCCCACGAUCUCAACUGGUUCCAGUAUCACUCCUUGGAUGUGAUCGCUUUUCUCCUGGCCAUUGUGCUGAGUGUCUUCUUCAUCUUCUUUAAGUCUUGUAUGUUUUGCUUCAGGAAAUGCUUCCAGAAGAAAGGGAAAGCUAAGAAAUCCCAGAAAAGCAAGUCGCAAUGAGAGGUUCCAUCUCAUUCAUAGACCAGGCAGAAAAUGAAAGUUUCUGUUCACACUGGCACACCUGGACACACACUUGGUGAAGCAGUAGUAAUAGCAUUUAUUAAGCGCUUACUGUGUGCAGAGCACUGCACUUAAUGUUGGGAGGGAAUACGCUCAAUUUUAAAGAAGAAGAUCGGAUCUUCUGCUUUGUGUCUUAACUAGUAAAAAAAAAUUAAGACACCCUAAACUAUAAUCAGGGUUUCCAAUGAAUCUUUAAUGAGGACUGAUAGUCAUAUUUAUUGAGUGCUUACUGUGUACAGAGCACUGUACUAAGCACUUGGGAAAGUACAGUACAACAAUAUAACAGACACAUUUCCUGCCCUCCAUGAGAGAGUGAGUUUUCUUCUCCAAAGUAGCAGAUUUUGCUCUUGUUCUUGGACCGUGACGGGCUAAUGUGUAAAGUUGUACAGUUUGCACUCAAAUAAAUCCAUACCAAAUUUCUGAA